UGGGACCGCGUCCUCUACCGCAAGCAGGCGUUCCCCGACAAUCACACCGACGACACGUUCCUCUCGGGGCUGGUGCUGAACGGGCGGAUCACGCCGCGGGUGCUGUCCGAGGUGAUGCUGGACGCCGCGACGGUGUCGCAGCAGCUCGCGGUGGUCGCCCUGAAGUCCACCGCGGUGGCGCACCUCCUCUCCGGUCGCGUGACCGCGCGAGACCUGGUGGCCAUCGACGCCGCGCUGCUCGCCACCGGGGCGCUCGCCGUCGCGGCGAUGCACGGGCCGGCGCGCGCGGUUCGCCGGUGCGCGCGCGUGGGCCCCGCCAUGCUCGCCGCGAUCCUCGCGCUCACGCCGCUCUUCCAGACGAUGACCGCGGCGAUCAGCGACGACACCGCCGUUGCCACCGCCGUGUGCUCCCUCGCGCUCCACCUCCUCACGCACGAUUACGCGUCGCUCAACUCGAGCUCCGCGCGGCUCGGAUCCUUCGUGUCCCUGGGCGCCGCCAUGUUCGCAUCCGCGAUACUCACGUCGAGGUUACCCCCCGCGCCAGACGCGCGGUCGCCGCUGGAACCAAACGCCGCGGUCUUCGCCGACAUGACCCUCGCGGUCGCGCUGUUCGUCCUGCUCCCGUCGUUGCGCCGGGAAGCGCAGCGGCGGGGGGGGCCGCGCACAGCUGUGCGUCACGUGUUCGCGACGACGUGUCUUCACGGCGCGGCGAUGGCGUCGGUGCUCGCGCUGAGGGGGUCGAUGCGCGAUGGGAACGUGACGACGCUGGCGGUCGGGUACGUCGCCGCGGUGUUCGGCAUCGUCGUGGUGUGCCCGGCGUGGCUCGUGCGGAUGAUGGGUUUCAAGGAGCAGAUUAACGGUCCGUGGGACGAGGCC